UAGUUCACAAAGUUUCUAUGUAAAAGUUAAUGUUUUAACACUAAAAACAAUUCUAUAUAUUUUAUUCAAACAAUUAAUAUAUAUAAUUUAUUAUAUAAAUAAAUUCUUCAAGAAUCUCCUUUUACCCGACCAACGUACGGUCCGACCGUAGUUCUAGAAAUUGAAACAUGAUUGGGAACAAUAACUGCAUGUAGCAUGACAUAUUGACAUCUGUUGCCUUUGGUCCCACGCUGACACAGUUGGUCAUAACUGCGGACAAAUUCUCAACUGUCAUCGCCCAAACAGACAAACAAACCUUUGAAAAACCCACCAUAUUUCUCUCCUAGUUUCGCUCAUUGAAUUCAAAAGCCGUGGUUGUUGCAUGCAUUGCUUAUUCCCAAUCCAGAUUCUUGGAUUUCCUCUGUUUUUUUUCCUCGAAUGGAUUGGUUGAUUUCUUUGGAUGAAUCUUCUCUCAAUGCAUAUAAACAACUAUUCAAUGCCCUCUUUUUGAUCCCAAUUUCGCACUAUUUACUGGCAUUUUCCGUGAUAUGGGCAGCUUAUCUCUACAAUUUCCUGGAAAUUCAUUUCUUCCAAGACUUGUUCUCUGGAUUUCGCGGUGCUCCCGUUUCCUUGACCUCUCACCCUUCCUCCCCUAUCUACAACGACGUCGUUUCCAAGUGCCGGAUCCUUCACGGCAGGUAUUUAGCGACGCCAUGGUUAUCAAGUCCUCAUUUUCAGACUGCUUUCCUUAAUUUCUUCGGGAAUCCUCCAGUUUUCAGCUACAACAGACAACUUUUUCAUGCUUCCGAUGGUGGAACAAUAGCUUUGGAUUGGCUAACAAGUUCUGAUGUUCCAAGAAGCACCUUUGAGAUGAAUAAUGCCAUCUCGACAAAUGAUGCCAUCUCGAAGGAUGAUACAACUCCAGUGGUGGUUGUCAUUCCUGGCUUAACAAGUGAUUCUGCUUCUGCAUAUAUUAAGCACCUUGCAUUUGGAAUGGCAAAACAUGGAUGGAAUGUUGUCGUUAGCAACCACCGAGGACUGGGUGGUGUUUCGAUUACUUCUGAUUGCUUUUAUAAUGCUGGCUGGACAGAGGAUGUACGAGUAGUCAUUGAUUAUCUCCAUCAUCAGUUUCCGAAGGCUCCUUUAUAUGCUAUUGGAACUAGCAUUGGUGCCAACAUUCUGGUGAAAUAUCUUGGAGAGGAUAGAGAAAAGGUUCCUUUAGCUGGUGCAGUAGCUAUUUGCUCUCCAUGGGAUCUUUUGAUUGGUGACAGGUUUAUAUGCCGCAGGCUGGUGCAGAAGUUAUAUGAUAGAGCCCUUACAAUUGGCCUUCAAGGUUAUGCAAAACUGCAUGAGCCUCGUUAUUCUCGGCUGGCUAAUUGGGAAGGCAUUAAAAAGUCACGUUCUAUUCGAGAUUUUGACAACUUUGCUACAUGCCUUGUGGGAAAAUUUGAGACUGUAGAUACAUACUAUAGGCGUUGUAGCAGCUCUUCCUAUGUGCAAAAUGUUUCAGUACCAUUGCUCUGUAUCAGUGCUCUAGAUGAUCCUGUCUGUACCAGGGAAGCCAUUCCUUGGGAUGAAUGCAGGGCAAAUAAAAAUAUCGUAUUGGCCACCCCACAACAUGGAGGACAUCUUGCAUUUUUUGAGGGAAUAACUGCAUCUAGCCUGUGGUGGGUAAGGGCUACUAAUGAAUUUCUUAGUCUCCUACACUCUAGUCCACAUCUGCAUGUCCGGAAGACACAGAAUUCUGACUUGCAGCUUUCAUUGGGAUCAUCAAUCGAUCAGGGUCCAUAUGUAAAUGUUGCAGAAAAUGGAAUGGUGGCUGCAGUUGGUAAUGAGCAUGCAGGAAAUAACAUAGUUGAAGACUUAGCUGGACUAAGGAAGAUUCAUAACCAAGAGCGUGAUAAAAUGAUUUCAGCAUCAGAACAGAGCAAGCACCUGACUGAAACGAUGUCUGUUGUUGUGCCACGUGCUGAUAAAAUGGUUUCAGCAUCAGAACAGAAUGAGCAUCUGACUGAAGCAAUGCCUGAUUUUGUGCCCAGUGCUGCUCAAGUUUCUGGACAAUCUUCUAACUUGCAGGGUGUCAAUUCUUUUGAUGUGAUUGCUCAUGUGAAAAGAUGUUUGAAUCAUCUUUCCCGUCAAAACAGAAAUUCAAUGUGGUUGCUGGCUUACAUUGCCAUUAUUACAAGUUGGCCAUUAGUAGGUUCAGCUUUCCACAUUUUUUCCAGGAAGAAACUCAGAAAUGUUUCACCUGCAGCUUUGCACAGAAGGUAACCUACUGCUGCUAGUAUCGUAUUUUGUACAUGUUUGAUGUGUCAUUAUUCAAUUCUAAAAAUGUGCAUGGCUGCCUGCUGAAAAUAUCUGUUUUCUGAUGGCAAUUGUGAACUAAAUACGGAACAACAGGAAAAACCUUGUUAAACUAGCUUUUUGCCUAGAAAUAACAUUAAAGCUAUUGAUGAGGCAAUCUCUAUUAUAUCAUAUAUUUUCUCUCUA